UAACAAUGCUAACAAGUCCCACAGAGUGUCUCAGUCAGUCAGCCUGAGAGCUGUUGAUGAGCUGCUUCGUGUUUCUGCUGCGUUUGUUUUGUUCUUUUUCUUUUUGUUUGUACUGUUUGGAGCCUUUAGAAUGAAAACAUGGUAGUUAAAGCGAGAAAACCGGGGUCUAAGGAGCAGAACGAGCGGAGUGAUGUGAAGAGUAGGAGAGGGAGAGAAGGGAAAAGCUCCGCCAUCAUCCGCCACAAACUCGGCCUCACAUCCGCUCCCACAGCGCCGGCGUCCCUGCUCACAGCUCUGCUCAUCUGUGCUCUCGCUCUUACUGCAGGAUAUCUUCACUGGUCUCACCUCUCUGAGCUGUUUGAGAACGAUCGCCACUUUUCCCACAUGUCCUCUCUGGAGAAGGAGAUGGCCUUCAGAACUGAAAUGGGUCUGUAUUACUCCUACUUUAAGAGCAUCAUCGAGGCUCCGUCCUUCCUGAACGGUCUCAGUCUGAUCAUGAAUGACCGUCUCACUGAGUAUCCGCUGGUCAUAAACACGCUGAAGAGGUUUAACCUGUACCCUGAGGUGGUGUUGGCCAGCUGGUACCGUGUUUACUCCACCACUAUGGAGUUCUUCAGGAUUCCCACUAAGAUGUGUUGGACUAUCAACAGGGGAGAAGAUCUGGAUCCCGUGGAGAGCUGUGAAGGUAUGGGAGAUCCUGCAUACUUCUAUGUGACUUUUGUUUUUCUCUUAAAUGGAUCCAUGAUGAGCCUGUUUUACAUCUAUGGAUCUUAUCUGAGCGGCAGUAAGAUGGGAGGAGUCGUCACUGUGCUGUCCUUCUUCUUUAAUCAUGGGGAGAGCACACGAGUGAUGUGGACUCCUCCUCUCAGAGAAAGCUUCUCAUAUCCCUUUCUUGUUCUGCAAAUGCUCCUCCUCACACACAUCCUCAGGACCAGGAACCCAAGCAAGAACAGCAUGGUGGCACUGAGCAUGUCCACAGUCAUGUUCAUGUUGCCAUGGCAAUUUGCCCAGUUUGUCUUACUCACACAAGUGGCGUCUCUGUUUGCGUCUUUUAUCCUGGGUUACUUAAGUCCGGCUAAGAUGCAGGCCUUACUGCUCACACACAUGGUGUCUCUGGGUGUGUGUUUCCUCCUUAUGUUUGGUAACUCCAUGUUACUGACAUCCUUCUACGCCUCCUCUCUUAUCUCCAUCUGGGGUGUAGUUGCUUUGAGGAAUCGGUUUGCACAGAUUUUCAGAGCUGGUCCCCUCACAUGGGUGAUGCAGUGUGUAGCGUGGAUCGGGACUACAGUCAUCCUCAAGUUCUUGUUAGCGCUCAUUUUAGGGGCGUCGGAUGACGCUCACAUCAGCAGUCUGAUCAAGUCCAAGUUCACCAGGUACAAGGACUUUGAUACGAUGAUGUACACCUGUGCAGCUGAGUUUGACUUCAUGGAGGUGGAGACGGUUCUGCGCUACAUAAGAACCCUGCUGCUACCCGUCAACCUGCUGGUGGUCGGUGUUGUUGCUGUAAAGAUUAUGAAGGACGUGAUCGAUUCCCUCAGAUCUCGAGACCGUGCUGCAGUUGAGGAUGAUCAAACAGAGAAGUUAACUAAAGCUGUGUUAGUAUAUCACACACUGCAGUUGGUAGCCUUUGCUGUUCUGGCUGUUCUCAUCAUGAGGCUGAAACUCUUCCUCACUCCACACAUGUGUCUGAUGACAUCACUGCUCUGCUCCACACAGCUGUUUGGCUGGGUGGGUGAGAAGGUGAAGCAGUACACUGCUGUGGUUAUUAUCGUGUCCAUCAUGGCAGUUCAGGGCCUAGCCAACCUGCAGCAGCAGUGGAGCAUCAUGGGAGAAUUCAGCAACCUGCCUCAGGAAGAGCUGCUGGAGUGGAUCAAAGUGAACACACCACCGAACACAGUGUUUGCCGGUGCAAUGCCAACCAUGGCGAGUGUGAAGCUGUCAGCAGGCAGAGCCAUUGUUAAUCACCCACACUAUGAAGACGCAGGACUCAGGGAGAGAACAAAGCUGGUUUAUUCAAUGUACAGCCGUAAAUCAGCGGAGCAGGUGAAGAAGAACUUAAUGAGUCUGCAUGUAGAUUAUUUUAUCCUUGAGGACUCUUGGUGCACCAGACGGACAAGGCCAGGCUGUAGCAUGCCAGAGAUCUGGGAUGUGGAGGAUCCGGUGAAUGUUGGUAAAACCCCAGUGUGUACGCUGCUGAGUCGAGACUCUCGUCCUCACUUCAACACAGUCUUCCACAACAGCGUCUAUAAAGUGCUGAAAGUCCCCAAAGCAGCUAAACACACCAGAUAACCACACGCUGGAGUGUGUGUGUGUGUGUGUGUGUGUGUGUGUGUUUAAAUGUAGCUGGAGUUGAUCUAAACUCCACUCGUUGCCAAGACCAGACCUGUGUGUGUGUUUCAGCUGUGACUAUUUAUUUAUGAGACGUUGUUGCUGCUGUUCAUCAGAUUCUUGUCUUAAGUCACUUCCUGGAUGAAUUUUUUAUUUUUAAGUGAAGUGUUUAUUUUUACUCUAAAUUCUGUCUCACGUCCUGUCGGUGAUGCAGCUCUGAGUCUUCAGUAUUAUGGUUUGUGAAAUACAAAAAAACACCAAUCCGUCAUCAGAACGGUUCCACGCCGGGUUCUCCGUCUCCGUCUCCGUCUCCUUAACCGAUUUCAGAAGAAAUGUAAGUGUUGAUUUUUGCCCCCUCUGAUGUAAGUUCCCAUGAUGCACUGUGAUUAAAACUCUACAGAACACGAGCCCCACGUUUCAGCCCCUGGUCUCAGUUUGACUGUCUUUAACUCUUGACAUGUAACAAUGCUGCAGAUUGACUUGGGUUUUUUUUUUUUAACUGUAAAAGAAUUAAAUUUCGGGUCAGUUUGUGAAACUUGUGAAGGGAAACAGUGAUGUACUUUUCCUGUUGGCCAAAUUCAACAGAAUUUUAUGAAUAAAGUCAUUUGUAAUUUUGCACAA